GACUGGCCAGCCCACUGCAUGGGCCAGUUCCCUUUGGAAGCGUGCCUCGGAUACGUGAGUGAUUUCACAGUGCAGCUCCUCCCCGCCGAGAUAGCCCGUGGGGCUGCCGUGGGACUCCUCCAGUGGUACGGCGGCCCAGCGCUGCCGAGCGACGCGCUGGUGUCAGCAGGCUGCGAAGGCUGGCGAACGGCGGCCGAGGGGUGUGAGAAGAGGUUCGACGUGGCCAUAGACAGCUGCCGCACGUCGGCAUCCCUGGGAGCACGCCUUGGGCUGAUCGUGGUGCCGCUCCUGUUCUUCGUGGGGUGCUGCAGCUGCUGCGCGGGCUUCGCCGUCGGUGGUCUCCGCCCGGGGUCCUUCGUGCUGCUGAAGUACGCGGGGGACACGACGUGGCACACGAGGCUACUGGUACGGGAAAUGGACUCGGAAACGAAGUGGUGGUUCAUCCUCACCCAGGACGAAGACUUGUACGUCGAGCGGUUGGAGGCCUCUGAUAAUGGGGACGUCCGCGCAGUGCGCGUUUGCGCUGCUGGCGGGGCGACCCCGAUUGGAGUGCACCUUAGCAAGAUGUACGGCUUCGACCCCCCGCCUGUCGAGGCGGACCUCGACGGGCUGGUGUCCGAGACGGAGCCCUGGACAGCGAGCGCGGGGGCCAAGCUCUCGACGCCGCCCGGCACCGUCUGGGUCUUCGCGGAGUCUGCCUACGGCCGCGAGAAGGGGGGACGAGCUGCUCUCAACGACACGGCCGUGGCCUCGGGUGACAGAGGGGCGCUGGAGCUGGAGCCAGGCGCCUCGAUCGCCAUCGCUCGCGUCGAGAUCGGCCGUGAGGAGGAGUUCAGAAAGGAACACACGACGAAGGAGAUGAGCAUGAUCGACACCGAGACGGAUGCCAGGGUCAUGAGGGUAAAGUACGCCGGAGGCUCGGGCAAACGGCACCGAGGCUGGAAGGAGGUCCAAGACGGCAUCUCAGAGGUGCCGCUGGUCGACCUGCCGAUCGAGGGGCCUCGGACGAGCAGCUGGUGCGCGGCGUUCCUUGGACGUGGUGCGCACGGCGGCACCCCCCUAGACCACCACAGGUGGUGGCGUCACGCUGCAAAGCUGAACGCCGGCGACUGGGGGGUGGCCGAGCACGAGUCGGUGAUGAAAGCCCUGACCCACGCAGGGUCGUAUGACCAGCUCGACCUCGCCAACCUUGCCUGCACCGAACACUUGUGCAGGCGCGCCCAGCUCAUCGAGUUCUAUUACCAGCACGUGUCGAGGGAGCUGGAGAGGGAGGCCGCCAUCGCGAAGCAGGCGCGCGAGGCCCGCGAGGAGCGGGAGCUGGCGCGGCGACUGGGCGCGGCGCUGGGCGCACGGGGCCUGGCCACCCCCGUGCAGCUGUACCGGUCAUCAGCCCUGGCGGUAGGCGGAGACAGAGGGGCGCUUUCCCUCUCGCUCCCGCCUCCGCUCUGGAUGCUCGGCUACCGAGCGCUGGAGCUGGGCGCCGAUAUCGUCAGGUUUGCCGCGCACUGGGAGAGCUCGCUGGCGGUGGGGAUCACGCAACUUUCUUUUUGGACGGCGCCGGCCCAAGGGGGCGCCGCCCUCACCGCCAGCGAGCUCGCGGCCAACAGGGUGAUUGACAUGGGUGAGCCGCCGAAGGGCCUCUCUUCUUCCGCCGCCUUCAACGAGGUGGUGAAAUCCGCCGACUACCACGGUGAGCGCGUGGACGUUGCUGCUAUCGAUCUUUGCAUCCUGUCUCUUCUUCCGGAGGGUCAUCGGCCUGUCCCGCUGGCUGAACUCCUGGGGAGUGGGGGCGCGCUGGGGAUCGAGUGUUUUUGUAAAGAGCUUGUCUGGCCAAGUGAAGUUGCGGCCGAGAUCAAGGCUUCGCUCGACCUGAGGCGGCCCCACAUGGGCCGCGGGCUCGCGCAGCGACCACGCCUCUACGCCAACCUCGUGGAGGCUUUGUUCAAGCGCGGGCUCAUCGACUUUGGCACAGACGUGCGUUGUGAGUGUAGCGUUUUUGGAGUAUGGAAGAAGUCGGGGAAACAGAGGAUGGCGAUUGACGCCCGCCUCUCGAACGCCCACUUCGUACACUCGAAGGAAACGCCUCUGCCCACGGGGGCCGCCUUCUCGGAGAUCGACCUCGAGGGCGAGGCCGAGGCGUGGUUCGCCGCGUUGGACCUCAAGGAUGCCUUCUACUACAUCGAGCUGCCCACGCAGCUGCGCUGCUACUUCGGCCUGCCGAAGGUGUCCGCGAAGAAGCUGAACCUUCCGAAGGGCGUGCUCGGUUUGGCCGUGGACGGGUACCUCCAGCCGAGGUUCGCCGCGAUGCCGAUGGGGUGGACGCACACGCUCUACUGGGCGCAGCUCGUCCACCGUCGCAUCCUGACGCGGGCCUCCCCGGACUUCGAGGUGGAGGGCUUCCUGACCGACAACAGGGUGCUGCCGUCGGUGGAGAAGGGGGUCAUCGGCCUGUACGUCGACAACUUCGUGGCGGUGGGCCACUCUGCCGAGGCCACCAACCUGCCGGUGGCCCGGGCAGCGGGUGCCUUCCGCGCGGCAGGGCUGCAGCCUCACGAGGAGGUCGCCGCUGCCCAGGAGCUGGAGUUGCUCGGCUGGCAGCUGCGUGGAGGCAAGCAGGCUGGCGUUCAGGCCACAGACCACCGCCGCUGGCGCCUGCGGCUGGCGCUGGAGCACGCCCUGACGCGGAACAAGCUCUCGGGUCAUGAGCUUCGGCAGCUCGUAGGCCAUGUCACUUUUGGUGCGCUGGUGCAGCGGCCGACCCUCUCCUGCAUGAAUGCCGUCUAUCCUUUUUCUCAGAAGUUCCCAACUGAGUUCCGCAAAGUGUGGCCGUCGGUGCGCCGGGAGCUGCGAUGGGCACGGGAUCUUCUGGCACUGCAGGUCAGGCCCUGGCGCCGCGAAUUGUCGGGCUGCGUCGCCUGCACCGACGCCUCCGAGCUAGGGCGAGGGGUGGUCGACGCCCACCUCCCCGCCCCCGUCGUCAGGGAGCACGGUAAGUGGAAUGAGAGGUGGAGGUUCAAGAACGGAGGCGAGCUGGUCAGUGCUCGUGUAGCAGCAGGUUUUGCUCGUACAGAUGCCUCGCCGCCAGAGCAGAUCCCCGAGUUCCCCGUGCUACCCACCGAGAACGACAUGCAGGGGCCCGAGGACCAGUCAAAGCGGGCGCACCGCCCCGGCUGGCCCGCGCUGACCGCCGCGACGAUGGCGAGGGCGGCCUUCCUGAAAGAGUCGAAGGUGCUGGACAGGAAGUGGUCGCGCGUGGCGCUCUGCCUGGGCGGACGACUGCGGGCCUCAGCCGCGGCUCCGACCAGGAGGGCCUGCACGCGUGGCGGCCCGCCAGCAGAAGCACCGUGUCCGCGCCAGUGCACGAGGACCAGCUGCCUCGAGCUGCGAGCGCCUUGCAGGGCGCCCAUCGUGAGGAUGGGCCGCGCAGCCGCGCUGCGCCUGGCGGCCCACGGAGCCGAGAGAGGGGCCCACAGAACGGUCCUGGAGAUGCACGCCGUGGCGCCCAAAUCCAGGCUCCAGUAUUCCAAGAUGUGGGAGAGCCUCCAGGACUGGGCGGAGCACCACAUGCUGCCGCUCAGCCCGCCCAGCGCCCUCGACGCGACGCUGGCCGAGUACCUGGAGUACUUGUACUUCGAGGGCCACGACGCGGGGAUGGGGGCGAAGGUGAUCGCUGCAGUGGGCUUCUUCGUGCUGGAGGUCUCGCGCCACGGGCCAGCCAGGCUGCCGCGCGCCCGACUGGCGGCGCAGGGGUGGCUAAGGCUGUCUCCACUCCGGGCCAGGCAGCCCAUCCCAGCGGAGGUGGUGACCGCCAUCGUGGUCGCCAUGUGUGCCCGAGGAGAGCGGAGAGCUGCUGCAGGGACGCUGCUGGCGACCACCUGCUACCUGCGACCCGGGGAGCUGGCCGCCGUGAAGCUUGCGGACCUGCUCCCGCCGGGGGCUUUCGCAGGCGAGGGCCACGUCCAAUGGGCGCUCCAGCUGAACAGGUUCGAGGAGGGGGGGCCGUCCAAGACAGGGCGCUUCGACGACUCGAUCGUGCUCGACGACCCGAGGCACGCCGCGCUGCACAGGUUCCUCGCCCAGCUCAAGCGGACAGCACACCCAGAGGAGCCAUUCAUCGGGAUGGGACAGCUCCACUACGCAAAGCUCUUCGGCGAAAUGGUGAACGAGCUGCGCCUGAACAUCCUCGGGCCGCCGGCGCCCUACCAGCUGCGGCGCGCCGGCGCGUCGGACGACCGGGCGAGCGGCCAGAGGAUGCUGGUGGAAAUCAAGAAGAGAGGAAGGUGGCUCUCGGACUCGUCCGUGAGACGGUACGAGAAAGGAGGACGACUUCGAGAGCAGCUGCUUCGCCUCCCCGCGGGCCUACAGGCCCACUGCCGCGCGUGCCGCCUCAUGUGCGGCGAGAUCCUCCUCGGGCGCUCCAG